AUGACAAAAACCAGUUAUGAGCAGAAGAGGGAUGAGAAUGUAAAGCAUGUUCAGGAAGUUUUUAAGUCUUUCGGUAUUCCAAUCUUAGCUCAGUCUAUUAGAGAAGUUAUAUCAAAAAAGGAAAAGGGCAGGGGGAAUUUAGAAUCUGACAAUCCAGAAUCUGACAUUGAAUAUGACCCCUCCUCUGAUGUUGAUAAACAAUCUGACACUGAUGAUGACUAUGACGAUGACCUCAAUAAUGAGGUCAAUACCGAGGUAGGAGCGAUGGUUCCAGGAACUCGCCCUCAGAAGAAGCAAAAGGCAGCAACAAUGGCGGCUGCCAACCAGCAAGAACUGCGGACGCCAAUAAAACUCACUAGGCAAAGUGCAGCCAUGCCUUCGCCUGGAGGCCGUCCACCACCUAGGAUAAGAAAUCCCUUGCUUCCUAAGAACACUUCCAAAGCCAACCCUAAACCUAUUGCCAUCUCUAGUGCCAGCCAAUUGCAAGGCCACCUCACACCAAACACCAGCAACACCACAGAGACUACUAGCACAGUGCCUAGUAAUCCAACUAAGACCACAAACAGUCCAGCCAUGUCUGCGCCACUUCAAAAAACAGUGCCUAGUCCUCUUAGAUUCACCAGUCUAGCCAUGUCUUCGCCUGGUGCUAACCCUGAGCAUACUAGGACCAGUCCAGCCAUGUCUAUGCCUGCUGCAAAGCCAAUGCCUAGUCCUCCUAGAUUCACCAGGCAAAGUGCAGCCAUGUCUUCGCCUGGUGCUAACCCUAAGCAUACUCCUAGACCCACUAUUACCAUGACUCCCGCAACUAGUAUUAACCAGCCAAUCCCUACAGACACCUCGCCAGGUGGCCAGAGCUCUAGGCAAAGCAAUGACAUCAAUGAGUUAGCUGAGCAAUUUGAUGCUGCUAAUUCAGAGGGUAAUACAUGUGAAGGAGAACCAAGUGAUGACUUAGUUCUAGCGCGCCAAAAGAAUGUCCGCAAGAAAACCAUGGGUCAUGGCUUAGAGAAGAUGAUAAAUAGAGGAAAGAAGUUGGCUAUCCAGGUGGCUGAAGGGAAGAAAAGACCUGAUGUACCACUUCAGGCAGCGAAGCUGGCAUCAGAAACUGGUGUUGCCCUGAGAGACAACCUGCCUAUCUUAACAUCUUGGAAGCUAUAUCAAAAAGAUGCGGGACCGGCACAAAUAACAAAAGUGCUUGAGAAAGUGGCGUCAAGGUUGGAUGUGGAUAUUAAGAACGAGGGACCAAGCAAAGCUGCAUGCACUGAUAUCAUCAAGAAGGGAGUAAGGCAGCAGAGGUAUCACCUGAAAACAAAGUACUUCGACCCUACACUCACAAUGGAACAGCUCUUGGCCAAACAGCCUCCACCAAAGAUGAAGAAAGAGGAGUGGGUAAAGCUGGUAGAGUACUGGUGUGACCCAAAGAAUAAGAGGCCUAAGUACAACAACAUGGAACCAGAUGCUGUUGAUUUCUUUGGGGAAUGCAUGACUAGUCGCCAAAGUGGUCGUACUCCUCUUCCAGAUGAAAUAUAUGAACAAAUGGUGGCAGAGAAGGAAAGAGAGCCAGAAGAAGGAGAAGCACAAAAGUCUCCCUCCACUAUUGUUGCUGAAAGUCUCAGCCACAUCAGCCAUUCAUCCACCUUUCUUCCGAACAUUGGUGUCCCUAGACUGUCGAAGACUGGCCAAGCCUCAUCGACAGCAGCACAAGCACGCCUUCAAGCUGAGUUUGAGGCAAGACUUCAAGCUGAAAGAGAUGAAGCUGCUAGGAAGCAGGAAGAAUUGCAAGCACAGCUUCAAGCUCAGCAGGCCGCACUCCAAGAAAACCAAAGUUUGCUCUGCGCCCAGACUCAAGAGGAAGUGAAGGGAUGA